CCUCUCUCAUUUGAUUUCCUAUUAUCUCUCAACUGCCCUGUAAAUCCAUUGAAAAAUACGUAUCAAACUAAUAGUAUGCUUUUUAAGGGCCUUUCAGUGUUAUAAAUGUUUUAGGAUAAUUUAGAAUAAGUUUUUGAUGGGAAUAUAAUCUGAUUUCUUCCUCCUGCCACUGCUUUCAGAUGACAUAAUCAUAGAUUAUUAAGGGUGCUAACAGCUGACUUAAUCACUGAAGGUUGUGAUGAAAGACUUUGGAGGCUCAACCUCCCUAAAUAGCAUUUAGCAACGCAGAUGGUUGGUUAACAGACAAGUUAACAGCAUUGCCAUUGUAAUGUCUGGAGCGUAUCACAUUUCCACGUGACCGUCACCAGACCCGCUAAACAGCACAGGAAGAACAGGCCUUUGACAUAUUCUCUGGUCAUAAUGUGUAUCUCAGGUGAAGUGGAAACCCCCUGCUUGGCUACAGCUCACUGGCUGUCAGAGCAUAGCAUGAAUUCAGGGCGAGGAGUUUUAUUUUUGGCUUGGAAAAGGGGUAGGUUACCAUGUCCUGCACUGUUCCACUAAUCUUUCCCCACCACACUCGAUGCUGGAGCCUACAGACGCAAACUUAUUUUCACAGCAGAACUCGCACAGAUCUGCAUCAUCUUUCUUUUCUGGCUUUACUGUGUUGAAAUGCUGAUGGAUUUCAGUUAUGGUAACCAGGCUAACCUGCUUCCACAGCAGUACCCACCCCCUCUACUGCCAAAACCAGGGAGAGACAAUGUCCGUUUGCAAAAGUUAAUGAAGAAAAAUGCUAAGAAGAAAGGCUCUUCCUGUCAGACCCCCAUUCCGUUCCGGUCCAGCCUAUCUCCAGUCAACGAGGCCAGUCCUGAUCUAGAGCACAGUGAAUAUUUUACUCCUCCACAGACUCCAGAUUUUCCAGAUUCUCGAUUUUCCUCCAGCAGCCCCUUCCACCACUACUCAAGCUCUCCAUAUUUAUACACCGACAGCAGCUCACACUACAGUUCCACGCCCAUACUGUCUGCUCAAUCAUACCGUACCCGAUCCCCAGAGCAUCAGAUAGCACCGCUAUACACAUGCUCAUCUUUUCUUUUUGACGAUGAAACGGAGCAGACCGCAGACUCAGAUGCACCAUUUGAGAUAGCAUUCAGCCAAACACUUCAAUGCAGGUCUAUAGAGACUAUACAUGGUCCAUCAGAAGCCUCAGUCCAAACCCAAAACUCCACUUUGGUCUCAGUUCAACCUCUUACUCCAACUGUGACAUCAUCUUGCUCAUCAAUUUACCAGACACAGGUGACACAGAGGCACUCCAGUGGAGAAGAAUAUAACAAUGUUGCACCUGCCUUUCAUAAGCCUUUCACAAAUGAUCAGAUUGUGCAAUCACAAUGCAUUAAGCAAUCAACUGUCUUGCACUUUGACACAAACAUGACUUCCACAGCGCAGAAAGUACCUGUAUUUUCACAAACAAGGAUUUAUACUCCAAAGACCUCAUUUUAUGAAGUAUCAAAGCCUCCUAUACAGCACAUGUUGACAUGUGAAUCAGCUUAUCAAGGUGAAGGACCAUCCACUACAAAAAUGGACCCAACUGUGGUAGAUACAAGACAAAAUGUUGUAAUAUCACAUGCAGCUCAAACAUCUUCCAGUCAGCAAAUCACAGGGGUAAAAAGAUUUGGUUUAGAAGCAUCUGAGGAUAAUCAACACUCUUCUUCAUCCUCCACCAUGGACUCUAUUGGUAAUCAUCUGGAACCCAAACCUCAGAAUCAGAGGCUCCAACAAAGUGUACACAUUCAAAGUGCAGUAGCUGAUAAUGAUCACUACCCUAAAAAAAUAGCUGUGGAUAAAAUAAAGUAUUCCACACCAAACGGAGUUAUGCAAUUUGCCACCGGACUGAUUUCCAAGGCUUAUUCUGAAGAAUGUUUGACACCGAAGAUCUCUAAAUGUGAACUUUCCCUAUCUAAGACACUUGCUGAAUGUAAUAAAUCAAGAUCUAGAGCAUGUGAGAUGCUUACAUCAACAGCUCCCCAGCCGUAUCCAAUGUCUAUACCUGAAACCUCUGAGACGUGUAUCACGAUACCAACAAGCUCUGCUCCAAGUGAUGUUAAUCAAGAGUACAUGCCUACACCCUCCAAAACUUCAAAUUGGUCACCAAGGCCACCUGCACGUUUUGUGGCCAACCAGACGCCAGCUCAAAAUGAAUCCAACAUCUCUAAACAAAAGUCAACAUAUUAUGGAUUGACACCUGCAGAAUAUAUUGCUCAUGGUGGCAUUAAGAUGCAUCCGCACCAUGAUACUCCUGUAUCUAAGCCUCAAAUACCAAAAGAUUACAAUUCAAUUUCUGACUUUCAGACCACAUCAUCUAAAGAAAUAUCUAAUAUCAUAUCACCAGAUGUGCAAAAGAAACCUGAAGAGGCUUUACAACCGUCUGCGAAUGCAGACCCAUUCUCGCAACUCUCCACAAAUGAAGCAAAAAUACCAGAAAGUGAGAUAACUCCAAUACAAACUAUAAGCAACCCCACCCCAGAUAUACCAAUUAAAGCUUUAAAUAAGCAAAAUGUAGAAUCAAAGCCUGCAAAUUUGAAUCCUGAACAUGCACUGUCUCUGGCCUUUCAACCAACACCUUUAAAAAAGGCAGUAAAUACAUUGAGUGUUACUGUAUCAGAGGCCCCAAGACCACCAGUUUCAGGGGCUACACACAUCUCACCCCCUUUUAUGACAGAGGGGAAAAAAAUGCCAACUUAUCCUUUACCCCAAGCACAAUCAAAUAUUCCGAACUCAAAUACAGCCGGAUUAUUAACAAAGAAUUUUUUGUCUGUUCAAAACAUCCCACUGCAAACAGCCCAUUCAGAGAAUGCACCCAGAUCUAUAUAUCACACCCAAAGAUGUAAUCCUCCAUCAGAGAAAACAAUGCAGUCACAGCAGAAAACCAAGAUUUCUUCUUUAGAAACACACCCGCCUCGUGCAACAAUCCACAACUCUACUACUACCCUUACAAGUAGUGAUCACAGUAUCAUCAACAAUGAAAUCCGAGAAGGUUUCAUUGAAAACAAAGUCACAUCAACGUCAACUAACAUUAACCGUUCUAGAAUGCAAUGUGUAGACACCAGAAGUUACAGUAAGGUCCCUCCUGAUAUUAAACCAACGCCAGAGGAACCUAAAACUGCAUCUGACCUAAUGUUAGGAACAUCCAGUAUUGCAGUGCCUGAAGUCUUAUCUCAUCUCAAGUCUAAUGCAUCUGAUCCUUUAUUUUUAUCCAACUCAAAUACGACGUGUUCUUCUAAAUCAGAUGUACAUAAUCCUGCUGCUCUCCUUCAGUCAGAACCAAAUAAGUCUUCAAGGUUAUUGAACACAAAUACAACCGCUCGUUCUCAAGUAACUACAAAUCAACAAAAACAUGAAAUUUCCCAAAAAUCUACACCAAGCCAUUCAAGCACAAUCAAUUCAAAUGCACAAAUACUUACUGAACAACCUGAAGUUCUCACCAGCACACAGGUAUCAAAACCUGAACCUCUAGUCCCUCACAUGGCAAUAAAUAAAUCUUCCAUGCAAGACGAUAGAAAAGAAGACUCAGUUACCCUUUCCAGUGUCAUAAAAGAGCCAAAACUACCUAAAGAUGUAGCAUCAGACAUACAGAACUUCAACAACACAAACACUGCCAGCAAAGCUGACUCUAAAUUAAAAAAAUCACAAACUGCAGAUACCAAACAGCCUAAUAUUGCACAAACCAAACCCUUCAAGUCUGACUCUCAAAAGUCUUCAAAUACCAAAUCACUUCUCACAUCCAAAGCUCAAAAUGCAGAACCUAGCCUUGCGUCCAUGCUUCUCAAGGCUGCCAAAUCUCUAUCACUCUCUUCACCCAAUGAAUCAAAAACCUUUGAUAAAUCUCAAACAGAAGUGAAAGAAUCAAGCAUGGAUGUGAAGACAAAUAGAUCUGCUCAGAAUACAAAAACUAGCCUUAUUACAGAUAGAAAAGAGUCAAAUUCUGAUGCAUCAAAACUCCACGGCUGUUCGAUAGUUUCUGGCACCAAUUUAAGACAAAAUGAUGUUGACACUGAGGCAUCUAGUGUAAAUAAAAGCCACACAUCAGACAUGAAUGACAAAGUUUGCAAAAAUUCUCCAUCUCAGAAGACACAAAGCGAACCCAAGACAACUCAGAAACCAAAAGGCCUAAUGGCCAAACUCAGUGGCUGGACAAGACUAAAAAAACACAUGGUGGAUGAACCCGAGGAACCUAGUUUUCCAAAACCUAAGUCUGAGAAAAAUGCUCAGAAAUCCUCAGAUAUAAAGAUGAGUGAUACAAACGAGUGUGCCACAGAAGAGUCUGCGGGACAAGACGUGAUGAAAAAUACAGAGGAGCCCCGGGCAUUAAAAAUGUGGGAUGCUCUACUUUUUCAAAUGUUCUCCACAAAGGAAAACAUUAUGAAGCAAAUAAAUGCCAAUAAAACAGAAGAGCGGAAAAACACUGAGAAGGAUGAGCAGGUAGUUCCUUCCUUUGUCAACCGCCUGCCUAUCCUUCUAUACAGCCCGCGGUUUAAUGCCCGGAAGCUGAAAGAGGCGGCUGCCAAACCUCUCAACAAAAUCGCCACGGCCUUCGAGAGAGGACUGCUGCAUCGCAAACAAAAAGGUGAAGAGCCAAAAAACUUCAACAGAAAAGCCAGAGGAUUUGGCUCACAGACAACAAAUACUACAGAUGUUUGAUUUUAUUUCAAACUUGCAGCGUAAAGUUAUCCACUUAUUUUUUGUGUGGUGAAUUUAUUUGAGCUUUUCUUCACAAAGUCAAUGACACAUUUGCUGUAAACUGAAGCGAGCUCUGAGCAGUGCUGUAGUGUAAAAGGAUUGGUCAGCAGAAAGUGAGGCUUAGUGCAUUCCUACUUAGAGAGGGCGACUGAUAGGUGCAGCUGUUCAGGAUGUGAACUUUGGAGAGUAAGGAAGUGAACACAGUCUGACAACGUAAUGCUAAGAAUGAUCAAAGAAGGAAACUGGCUCAUCCAGGGGAUGGAUUUAAGGGUGAUGUUUUCUAACGUCAGCUGAGCUGGGUCAUGCGAGCAGGCAGGUUAAGAAUAGAGCGCAUUAGAAUGUGAAGUUUGGAGGAAGGUAAAGAAUUAGAAAUGAAUUUAAGGCUUUAUAAAACAAGAAAGAGAGUAAGAAAAAGUACAGGGAUAUUUAAAAAAUAGAGAGAAUGAAAUGAAAUGUUGAUGAAAAUACUAACAGUAGUCAGUACAGAAUAGAUUCAGGUGUGUUCUUUCCAGACUGAUAUAGUUUAAAGGACCAGUUUAGUAUUUUACACUUAAAGCCCUGUUUUCAGUUUGUUUGAUGAAAUAAAACGGUUUUGAC